AUGUCUGCUAGUCGGCCCGAGCUCAAGUUCUCAGAUGUAUCUGAGGAACGAGGUUUUUACAGAAGAUUUGCUAGUUUGCCAGAAAAGCCAUCUCAAACAAUUAGAGUUGUGGACAAGGGCGAAUAUUAUACCGUUGUAGGAAAUGACGCCCUGUUUGUUGCUGACAAUGUGUACCAUACUAAUUCUGUUCUGAAAGACUGUCGAAGUGAUCCCGGUACUGAGAAAUUGAUCCACGAGCCACUCAAAUAUGUGACAAUUUCAACGCAGGUCUUGUCAGGGCUACUCAAACUUUGCCUUCUAGAAAUGGGCAUGAAAGUGGAAAUAUACGAUAAAUCAUGGAAGUUGCUUAGAAGCGGAUCCCCCGGUAAUAUAGAACAAGUGGACGAUCUUAUGAACAUUUCGCUUGAUUCAGCCAUUGUACUCACCAGCAUCAAGAUUCAGCCCAAUGCCCAGGACGCAAAUUGCGUUUUAGGGGUUUCUUUCAUCGAUAGCGGUUCCCAUAAAAUAGGAAUGCUGGAUAUUGUAGACAACGAGGUUUUUUCGAAUUUGGAAAGCUUUUUGAUUCAGAUGGGUGUCAAAGAGUGUCUACUACCAGAUCAAAGAAGCAACGAAACCAUGGCAAAUGAGUUGAAAAAGAUGGUUGGUGUUCUGGACCGUUGCGGUUGUGUCUCCACGUUCAUAAAGAACUCGGAAUUUUCGCAUAAGGAUGUAGAGCAAGAUUUAGUCAAGCUUGUGGGGGAUGAGCUUUCUAUGUCGUUAAUGAAGUUCUCCAACUUGGCACUAGGAUCAUGCAAUGCCCUCAUUGAGUAUCUUCAAAUCAUGAACAAUGAAUCACAGUUAGGGAAAUUUGACCUGGUUCAACAUUCCUUGACUGAGUUUAUGAAAUUGGAUGCAUCAGCCUUGAAAGCACUUAACGUUUUCCCUGUUAAUUCUUUGAGCACUACUAGCAUGCCGGUUAGCCAUGGCUCUAUUGGCAGUGGAGGCAGAGUUUCCAGUAUGUUUCAACUACUGAACAAAUGUAAAACAAACGCUGGUGUUAGACUACUCAACGAGUGGCUAAAGCAGCCUCUGACCGAUGUCCAAGAGAUACAAAAGAGACAUGAUCUUGUUGACUUUUUGACGGAUCAAUUAGAGUUAAGGCAAAUUUUGCAAACAGAUUACCUUCCUCUGGUUCCAGAUGUAAGAAGAUUAACAAAAAAACUGAUCAGGAAUGGAGGCUUGGAGGAUGUUUUGAAAAUCUACCAGUUUGCAAGAAAGGUUCCUGAGAUAUCUCAAGUUUUAGAUGAAUAUCUGAAGGAUUUGGAUAAUGAUUCCACUACCAAAUCUUUAGUUGCGGAAACAUGGCAAAAGCCCUUAAACGAGCAUCUCACACCACUGGACAAAUUCCAAGAAAUGGUAGAGACUACCGUUGACUUAGACGCAUACGAAAAUACCAAUGAAUUUAUGAUAAGGGUAGAGUUCAAUGAAGAUUUGGCUAAAAUUCGUGGCGAACUCGAUACUCUCAAGAAUAACAUACGAACCAUACAUCUAGACGCCGCCGACGAUCUAGGGUUUGAUGCAGAAAAAAAAUUGAAGCUUGAGAACCACCAUAACCAUGGGUGGUGUAUGAGAUUGACAAGAAACGACGGUAAAGCGCUACGUCAACAUAAAAAGUAUCUGGAGCUCACGACAGUGAAAGCCGGCAUUUUCUUCAGUACAAAAGAGCUCAAACAUGUUUCCGAGCAAACCGCCUUCCUACAAAAAGAGUAUGAUAGGUUGCAGUCUGACCUGGUGAAGGAAAUUGUGCAGAUCACUCUUACUUACACGCCGGUACUCGAAAAACUGUCAAUCGUGCUCGCAAAUCUGGAUGUUCUGAGUUCUUUUGCGCAUGUUUCGUCUUAUGCGCCUAUUCCUUACGUUAGGCCUAAAAUGCACGGCAUCGGCUCGCAGAGGAAAACAGAACUAAUCGCAUCGCGACACCCAGUUUUGGAGGUCCAAGAUGACGUUACGUUUAUCUCUAACGACGUUAGGUUGGAGAGCGGCAAAAAUGAGUUCCUAAUCAUUACUGGACCAAAUAUGGGUGGUAAAUCUACGUAUAUCCGCCAAAUUGGUGUCAUUUCGCUACUGGCUCAAAUUGGCUGUUUUGUUCCUUGUGACACCGCUGAAAUCGCAGUCAUGGACGCCAUCUUAUGUCGUGUUGGAGCCGGCGACUCACAAUUAAAAGGUGUGUCGACCUUCAUGGUUGAAAUGCUGGAAACCGCUUCUAUCUUAAAAAAUGCAACGGAAAACUCGCUUAUCAUUGCAGAUGAGCUGGGUCGAGGUACCAGUACCUACGACGGGUUUGGGCUUGCUUGGGCCAUAUCGGAGCACAUUGCAACAAAGAUCGGAUGCUUCGCGUUGUUUGCGACCCACUUUCACGAACUCACGUCUCUGGCGGACCAGGUGCCUACUGUGCAGAACAUGCACGUCAUCGCCCACAUCGAAGAUAUGGAAAAAAGCUCUCACAGCGCGGAAGACAUUACGCUACUGUACAAGGUGGAGCCUGGUAUUUCCGACCAGUCUUUCGGGAUCCAUGUUGCUGAAGUAGUCCAAUUCCCCAGCAAGAUCGUUGCGAUGGCCAAGCGCAAAGCUGCUGAGCUCGAGGAUCUAAAACAAGAUUCUCAAAUGCUCAAGAAACAAAAAUGCUCCUCUGCCGAAAUUGCCGAGGGCACCGUACUACUCAAGGAACUACUAAAAAAAUGGGUCCAAGACGUCCGCGACCAGGGGUUAGAAGACACUUUAACAGAGGAACAGAGCCAGCAAAAAAUUUUGCAGUUGCUCAAGCAAGUUUCCGGCGCCUCAGCUUACUCAGAGAAUAAAUUCAUCAAAGAGAUUUCUCAGCUUCUGCUGUAG